AGGCUGUUGGGCCAAAGGAGGCCCCACCGGUCCUUCUUUGAAUCCUUCAUCCGGACCCUUAUCAUCACGUGUGCCUCCCUGGCCGUGGUCCUGUCCUCCGUCUCCAUCUGUGAUGGGCGCUGGCUCCUGGCCGGGGACCGCCUCUUCGGGCUGUGGCACUACUGCACUGCCACCAACCAGAGCGAGCCGCGCUGCCUCAGAGACCUGGGUCAGGCCCACGUGCCCGGGCUGGCCGUGGGCAUGGGCCUGGCCCGCACCGUGGGCGCCUUGGCCGUGGUGGCUGCCAUUUUUGGCCUGGAGCUCCUCAUGGUGUCCCAGGUGUAUGAUGACGUCCACUCACGGCGCAAGUGGGCCAUGGGCUCCGUCCUCCUCCUGGUCUCUUUCGUCCUCUCCUGCGGGGGGCUCCUGAGUUUUGUGAUCCUGCUCAGGAACCAGGUCACGCUCAUCGGCUUCACCCUGAUGUUCUGGUGCGAAUUCACUGCCUCCUUUCUCCUCUUCCUGAAUGCCAUCAGUGGCCUUCACGUCAACACCAUCACCCGUCCCUGGCAACAACCAAGGAAAUUUUAGGGCCCCCCCCCACCCAGGGACAUCAGGUUCUGUAAGAAAGUGUGGUCAGGAUGGGACUUUUCCAACAUGUGGCCUCUGGUGGGCUGGGGUGGGACAAUGACCUUGAAACUGCAGCCUCUUAGCCAAUAACCUUUGGGUGGUCGGCCAGAAGUGGCCCCAGGGCCUCUGCAGCUGGUCUGCAGGGCUGGAGGCCAGGAGGGUGCGUCAGUGCCACCAGCUGCACAGCCUUACCAAGUUAUUAGGGUAUUGAUUAUAGAAGAAGAGAAACAUGUUAAAACU